GCGGUUUACUACCAAAGUGGAAUGUGACUGCAGUUAAUAACUGACUCUUUCAUUUUGUACAUGAAAGCAGGAACAGAUUAAAGAACUUGAGAAUGGGAUCCUUUAAGCUGGUCCUGCUGCUUGUCUUGCUGUCCUGUGCAGAGCGCUGUCUGUCUGCCUCCUGUGUUGUCGACAGCUUCACUGUCAAAGAGGACUUCGAUCCCAAGAGGUAUGCAGGAAAGUGGUAUGCACUGCAGAAGAAAGAUCCAGAGGGCCUGUUCCUGCAGGACAACAUCUCAGCUGAGUACACCAUUGAUGAUGACGGCUCCAUGACUGCAUCCUCCAAGGGACGGGUCACUCUGUUUGGAUUCUGGGUUGUGUGUGCUGACAUGGCCGCCCAGUACUCUGUCCCCGACCCCACUGUCCCUGGCAAGAUGUUCAUGAACUAUCAGGGACUGGCCAGCUACCUGUCCAGCGGAGGUGACAACUACUGGGUGAUUGACACCGACUACGACAACUACGCCAUCACUUACGCCUGCCGCACCCUGAAGGAAGAUGGCAGCUGCGAGGAUGGCUACGCCCUCGUCUUCUCCAGGAACCCCCGGGGCCUGCCUCCAGCCAUCCAGCGUGUCGUCCGUCAGAAGCAGGAGGAUAUCUGCAUGGCUGGAGAGUUUCAACCCGUCCUGCAGUCUGGAGCCUGCUAAAGAGAAGGAGAGAGUAGAGCAGGAGAGCUGGUUACAGGCUAGGAGACAUGAAAGCAAGAAGGGGGAGAAUGAGAGGGCACAUGUGACAGAGGGUGCGUAUGUUGUGUAUGUGAGAGUGAUGUAUGUGAAUGGACAGACGCAAGAAAUUAAAAAAGAAUGAGAGGAGGAAAAACAUCCACUUCCAUCACUUUAGUAAAAUGUUAAUGUGGUGUUUUGACUGAAAGUGAAACUAAAAUAAAAAAAUAUUUUUCUAAACAAA